ACUAAGCCACUCCCACUCCCUCAAACCUGAAGCAGGAAGUAGACAGACCGGACCGCUCGUGCCUGCUUUGCCGGAACAAUAGCGUGUUAAAGCUGAGUAACAAACUAUAAAACUAAAAGGAACAUUUGGCAACAUACUUCACGUUACAAACAUUGUUGGAUACCUAUGUCGGUCUAGGAUUUGAUGGUUUGAUCGCUGUCCGAGCAGCAGGUUUUUCUCGUCUAAAUGUAAGCUGAAGCUGUAAGUCUUUCCAACAUGUUGCCACCUCAGAGACACCACCUGUCACACCUGCUUCUCACAGUCCUGCUCUUUGGUGGCUGGGCAGCAGACGGAGCUCAGAAUGGGUCAGAGGCGGAGGCGGUGUCCUCCAUGCGUCUGGUCAGCCUCUCCAGCGGGGACAUAGUGGUAAAGGAGGGGACCACCGUGCUGAUAGAGUGUAAUGUGACCAGAGGUUACAAUGACACCAAGUGGUUCAACUCUAAGGGACCUCUGCUGGGUGAAAAAUGGCAGAUUCAGGAAAAUGGUGCUCUCAACAUCACUCUGGUCUCCUUCAAGGAUCGCGGCCGCUACACCUGCGUUACCUCCAGCGGGACAGGCGAGACUAAAAACUACACCGUCACUGUUCGUGUAGCACACAACAGCAGUGGCCUUGGCCUUUACUUCAUCAUCGUCUGCCUGGUGGCCUUUGCCAUCACCGUGCCCCUCAACAUAGCACGGCUUUGCAUGGUCAGCAGCCACCUCAAAAAAACUGAGAGAGCCAUCAACGAGUUCUUCCGCACUGAGGGCGCAGAGAAGCUGCAGAAGGCAUUAGAGGUUGCCAAACACAUUCCCAUCAUUACGUCCGCCAAGACGCUGGAGCUUGCAAAGGUCACACAAUACAAGACCAUGGAGUUUGCUCGGCAUAUGGAGGAUCUGGCUCGAAGCGUUCCUCUGCCACCGCUCAUCCUCAACUGCCGCACGUUCACAGAGGAGGUUGUGGUGACGGGGAACAAAGGGCCUCAUCCUGAAGAGCAGGUUGAGACAUCAGUGUCUUUGAACCGACAACAUAUUGGCAAUGAGGAGGAGGAGGUUUGUCAGGCACUACUGUCAAGUGGAGGCCACUCUGAAGGCGACGUUGAUGUCAAAGUUUCAGUCCACACAGUUUCUGAUAUGGAGGCUGAGAUGGGCCUAGGUGUGCCAGGCUCACGAACAAGUGUGUCCUAUGAGAGCAACAUAUAGGCUACAUUAAUCUUGAAUCCGUCAGAAUAAACACAUCUUCUGAAGUGUCAGGUGUCCAAAUGCAAGUGUUUAAAAAGGAAGAAACAUAAGAAAAGUGGGUUGAAAAUGGGGUUAGUUAUCAUUAAGAUUUUGUGAGUCUGGUUGUGCUUAUUGAUUUGCUAAAUAACAGCUCUUGAGCCAUCUUUUCUGUCUGUUUUCCACUUGUCUUUGAGAUGGGCAUCGUAGCUACAAAUGGUCUUGAACCAUAUGACUACAAUUUUGGCGAUUCAAAUAAUAUCUGUUGUUAUCACGUUCAACCCCCCUUCUGCGUGAAGUAUUUGCAUGCAGGGAUGACAUUUGACUAGAGUCAUAUGCCACGUUAUUAAUACUACAUCCUUCACCAGUGAUUUUCAAGGCAGUACAAUGGGUCCAAUUUUGCUUUCAGAAACCAAAAAGCUAUUUUUUCUGAACUAAUUCUUAUCAAAUUGCUGAUUUAUCACUAACUAAACUGCUUCACAAGAUUUUGACUAGCAGAUAUAUGAACUCAUCUUCCUUCAAAAGACAACAUCUGCUGAUUUUUGAUAGUCGGUCAGCUUCUACAUAACAAAAGGUUGUAAUAAAAUAUUGUCAUUUCAUUGUGUUGAUUGUUUUCAUGUCACUGCUUUCUGCCAAUCAUCUGACACUCACAGUAAGAAGUGGAAGGCUUAGAAAUAAUGCCUCAAUAACAACAAGUCACAUGGAUGUUGAUUGCUAUCUCCAUGUCUCUUUAUCUGGGUCUUUGUUAGUAAAGACAGCAGUUAAUUGAAGGUUAGGAUUUGCUUCAGAUUGAUGGUUUCAUUGAAAAAGGCAAACAACAAUACUAUUUUGUGUGAAGAUAUUCUAAAAAGAAGUACUGUACACCAUGCUUCCAACAAGUGAUUAUUUUUACAUCACAGCUUCAGUGUCUAAUGAAAUGGAAAAUGUUUGAAACAUUAUGCAGGUGUAAUCUAUCAUAUUUUGAUAAUUGAUGCCUGUAAAAGUCAGGGACUCUCAUGAAUGCAGCAUUUCCUCUGCAUUUCUCAUUUUGGAGAUGUUGAAAUGCAUUGAUUUCUUUAGAAGUUUCCAUGUAUAAAGAUAUGAACGCAGUCCAUAUACUGGGUAAGAUUUCUCCUCGUAGAAAUGUGUCCUCAAUAACAGCGGUAUGUCUACAUGGGGUCAAAGCUUUGAGAAACAGAAAUGUGUUUCAAUAAAAUAAACUAUGAAGAUGCUUUUGAAGUUAAAGACAAAAUGGUCAUUGUAAAAAAAUGACAGUGCUUGUAGAAGUGGUUAUGAGGAGUUUUACGAAUUAGAAAUAGGCCAAAAUGAGAGACACAGCUACACAAAUGUGUUCCUGUAUCUUGGAGGGAUAUAAAAUGUAUAUCAGGGCUGGUGAUUAAACUGUGAACCAGUUGUGUAACUCAAUGACUAUGUUUAGACCAUUUGUGGGUUGUGAUACUGUUUAUUGGUUGUGAUAUUGUUUUGCUGAGUCUAGUAAUUGUGUAUGUGAUGGUUUUAUAUUUAAAGAUGUUUAGAUAUGUAAAUGUGAUGCUGAAAAGGUCAUUUGCAGGGAUUAAAAGCAAAAGUUUGCUAUAAGCAACAAUCAUUAAAUAAACGCAAUUCAAAUAUCCAAA